GUCUGUCUAUGACGGUGAAGAGCAUGGUCGUUUCAUGGAAAAACUGGAAGCCCGAAUUCGAAACCAUGACCGAGAGAUUGAGAAAAUGUGCAACUUCCAUUACCAGGGCUUUGUAGAUUCUAUCACGGAGCUCCUGAAAGUGAGGGGAGAAGCCCAGAAGCUUAAGCAUCAAGUGACAGACACAAAUAGAAAACUGCAGAAUGAAGGGAAGGACUUGGUAGUAUCAAUGGAAGAACUGAAACAGUGUCGACUACAACAGAGAAAUAUUUCUGCUACUGUCGAUAAACUAACACUAUGUCUUCCUGUUCUGGAGAUGUACAGCAAACUGAGAGAGCAAAUGAAAUCUAAAAGACAUUAUCCUGCUUUGAAGACAUUAGAGCACCUUGAACAUACCUACCUGCCCCAGGUGAGCCACUACCGCUUCUGCAAGAUCAUGGUGGAUAAUAUCCCUAAACUGCGUGAAGAGAUAAAAGACGUUUCCAUGUCCGACCUCAAAGACUUCCUGGAGAGUAUUCGGAAGCACUCAGACAAGAUUGGUGAGACAGCCAUGAAACAGGCCCAGCAGCAAAGAAACCUGGAUAAUAUUGUAUCGCAGCAUCCCAGGAUAGGUGGUGGAAAGAAAUAUAAGAAAGAUAUCUGUGCAAGCUCAGAUCCGGAGGUAAAAAACACGAGCCCCAUGUCUGAACAGGAUUCAGGGAUCCUGGAUGUUGAAGAUGAUGACGACGAUGAAGAGGUACCUGGUGCUCAGGAUUUGGUGGAUUUCUCGCCGGUGUACCGAUGCUUGCACAUCUAUUCUGUACUGGGUGCCAGAGAAACCUUUGAGAACUACUACAGGAAACAGCGAAGAAAACAGGCUAGACUGGUGCUUCAGCCCCCCUCAAAUAUGCACGAAACUUUAGAUGGCUACAGGAAGUAUUUUAAUCAAAUUGUAGGCUUUUUUGUAGUUGAAGAUCACAUCUUGCAUACGACCCAGGGCUUGGUAAAUAGAGCCUAUAUUGAUGAACUGUGGGAAAUGGCUCUGUCAAAAACUAUUGCCGCACUAAGAACACAUUCUUCUUACUGCUCUGACCCAAAUCUGGUAUUAGACUUGAAGAACCUUAUAGUUCUGUUCGCAGAUACACUCCAGGGCUACGGUUUCCCCGUCAACCAGCUCUUUGACAUGCUCCUGGAAGUCAGAGACCAGUAUAGCGAGACUCUGCUCAAGAAAUGGUCGGGAGUUUUCAGAAAUAUACUUGAUUCGGAUAAUUACAGCCCUAUCCCCGUAGCUAACGAAGAACUUUAUAAGAAGAUAAUAGGACAGUUUCCGUUCCAGGACCCGGAGUUGGAGAAGCAACCGUUUCCAAAGAAGUUCCCCUUUUCUGAGUUUGUGCCUAAAGUUUACAAUCAGAUUAAAGAGUUCAUCUAUGCCUGUCUAAAGUUCUCAGAAGACCUUCACCUGAGCUCCACGGAGGUUGACGACAUGAUUCGAAAAUCAACCAACUUGCUGCUGACUCGAAUGCUGAGCAACUGUUUGCAGAACGUUAUUAAGAGGAAAAACACAGGGCUGACGGAGCUGGUGCAGAUCAUUAUAAAUACAACCCAUUUGGAGAAAUCCUGCAAGUUCCUAGAAGAAUUCAUAACCAAUAUCACCAACGUGCUCCCGGAGACUGUCCAUACUACCAAACUCUAUGGCACCACCACCUUUAAGGAUGCUCGCCACGCUGCAGAGGAAGAGAUUUACACGAAUCUGAACCAGAAGAUAGACCAGUUUUUGCAGCUGGCAGAUUAUGACUGGAUGGCGGCUGAAGCAGGCAGCAAAGCCAGCGAUUACCUGGUAGAUCUCAUUGCUUUCCUGCGCAGCACCUUUGCCGUGUUCACACACCUACCUGGAAAGGUGGCUCAGACUGCAUGUAUGUCUGCAUGCAAACACUUAUCCACCUCACUGAUGCAGCUGCUGCUGGAGGCUGAAGUGAGGCAGCUUACACUGGGGGCCUUAAAGCAGUUCAACCUGGAUGUAGAGGAGUGUGAACAGUUUGCCAGAUCCGGGCCAGUGCCUGGGUUCCAAGGGGACACACUGCAGUUGGCCUUCAUCGACUUGAGACAACUUCUCGAUCUGUUCAUCCAGUGGGACUGGUCAACUUACUUGGCUGACUACGGGCAGCCCACCUGCAAAUAUCUCCGUGUGAACCCGACGACAGCCCUUAUCCUGCUGGAAAAGAUAUCACGCGUGAUGAAAGACGCCAGCCGAAAGAACAACGUCUUUGCGCAGUUCCGGAAGAACGAGAGAGACAAACAGAAGCUGAUAGACACUGUGGCUAAGCAACUUCGGAGUCUGAUCAACAGCCACCAUUUGUGAGCGUUGUCAGCUGCUUGGGAUGGGCGUUGGGGAUUUCAGGACUGUGCUAAUUUCUGCACAGAAGCCUCCCUGCACCUGGAUCUGGGAUUCUUGUUUAAAGAGAAUAUAUGUAUUUUUGUAUUCCCGUGUAUAGUACUCACGGAACCUGCCCUUAUGGGAAAAUGUGGAUAGGGAAAUAAUCAAGUGGUGAUCUCGCGGCAUUGUUUGAACUGCUGCAGUGAAAGGGGAUGUCCUCCUCUCACACUCUAAACUCCUAUUUUCAGGGGUUUAUAAGUCGACCGGAAAGCUGCAACUUGAAAGAAAAGCUCGGGCCCAGAUGCGCUUUUUUUAACCAAAGUCAGAGAAUCCUUUUGACUUUUCUUUUGUUAAGUUAUUCAAGUGGCGAAAAAAAUAGUAUGGGAGCGUGGUGGUUUCCAAUGCUUUUCCUCCCUUCCUGUAGCUCAGACAUGCCUUUUCAUAUGGAAAGAGCCCAGCUUGUGAGCUGCCGAAUGCAGAUUAGCGUAUUGGGUAUAGUUAGGCAGCGCGUGCACAGAAAUGCCAAUCCAUUCCUUUUGUGGUGUUGACAUGCAUGCUAACUUCAUGCUUAGUUUGCAGACUCCCGGCAGGAGAAGUUCACUAACCAGAUCCAUCCGGGCUGUAAUUGGACCUGCUGAGCAGGACUGUACGCCGUAAUCUGGAAUAAUUCGUUAGGAGCUGCUGCUGUCUUUUUGCAAAGACACUGUCCUGGAGGAGCGCGAGAGUGACAGCGUCAUCAGAUGGGUUAGCGCGAGAGUCACGCAAUAAUUCUGCUUCAGCGUUGUGCCUGUGGUGCCGGUUUGGCCUGGGGUGGUGGUGGUGUGAUUCUGCCUCAUCCAGGAUGGAAAUGAACACUCCGCAAAGAGGCAGGCAGACGCCGUGCCGACGCCGUGCCACAAUUUUGCCUUUCUCUGCAACUCCAUGCGACUUGGUCUUCUCUCUUCCCCCUUCCCGAAUGUCCGGAGGGACGGCCCAGUGACGCUAGUGUCAGUGCUCCUCACAACCUUGCAGGCCGCAAGGCAUUGCUGUUCGCCGAACUCUGGCAGAGAACUGAACGGACUUAUGAACACUCCCGCGUCACAGGGAACUCCAGAGCACUCCACCGAACAUUGAAGCUCGAAUAGCCACUUGGUAAAAAGUGCCUAAGGGCCAGAAUCUCCUCUGUGGUCUGUAGCAAGUGUCUGUUCUAUAGUCUGUUCUAUAGUCCCUCCUCCUCUGCAUAAGACUCCCAAAGAAGCCAACUGGAGUGCUUAUGUACAGAAUGUAUGCUGGUAAUGCCCUUACCUUGUAUUUACCCACUAGACUGUAACUGUUCUGGGGGGAGAUGUAUCUAGUGGAUCCCUCUUCAAUAUCAAAUCCAGAUGCAAAAAUAUUCUACUGUUAGUCCCAUUUCUGUGGGAGCAGGCAUGUCAUGCUUCAUAUUUGCCUAUAACUACUAGCAUUGCAGGGAGCCAUUCACAUUCCUAAUGUGUACAUAUCCACAAAAGUAACGCUGCUUCGACCCUGAAAUAUGCGUCUUUUUUUUUUUUACGCAUCGGUUUGAGCCGGGGUUGUUUUUAUUGCCCCCGGCAAUUAUUUGUUUGAAGCAGCCAAUGCACCUUUUCUAGCAAUUGGGGAGAGAUUUCGGUUUGUCCCUUUCGCCCUCGAAUCUUCGCAUUCCUGUGCAAGGUGAGGGCUGGCUCUCUGGGCCACGUUCGGCCUUGCUCUGUUUGGCCACGCAGGUGCCUGGAGGGUUGCUUCUGCAUUUCCUGGCUGCUGUGCCGGUACCACUAUCCAACACGUAUAGAAGCACAGGGUGGACAAGGAGGUUAUCUUGCAUUUGUCUUUCGUAAGGGCAAUUUUUUUCCCCAAUGCUCCUCAGCGAUGCAUUUCUUAUAAGGGUACGUGUUACUUGCACCUGCGUGUCGAUAGCCACGUUUGUAAGCCGUGACCCUGUGCCACUGGCUACAUCAGUGUGAUGGGAUAAGUAUGCAGGGUCUUUUUAUACUGGGGAGGGCUGUAUAUUGGCAUUUUCCUUGUAUUUCCUUUUGGAAAACCCCUUUCAGAGCACAGGUUUUGAAGGAUGGUGAACGCGACAUGAAAUUAGUAAUUGACACGGAUGGAAAGGGAUCGGCAAGCCAAAGAACUGCUCUGCUAGCGAAGGCUUUCCUCAACACCGGGGGCAACUGGGUCACUUCCCUGUUUAGGCUCUGCGCUAAUUCUGAAAUGCUCCUGUUUUGUCAUGCUCCAGACUGGCGGCGAAGGGUUCAGUACUCUGCCCUGGGCUUUUUUUUUUUUUUACCUUUCGACACACACAUUUGUACCAUGCCCAACGAGAGUGUGAAAGUGAAGCCAUCCAACCCAGCUUCUCCUGUGCCGGGAAGAUGUCGCGUGCAGUAGGUUCACCUGACUUGAGAGAACCAGAUGAGUGUUCUGAACCCACCCCACUUGCAAAGUCUGGAUUCGUGGGUUGCAGCAGCUAGACGGACGCUGCUAACUCCAGGGGGAAGAAUCUGCAAUCUCUGUUUCCAGGGGAGAAUUCACCGGCUUCUGGGCCAGUGAAAACUCCUCUUAACUGAGCUCCUGAAAAAGGGAAGCCGCAACACGGCUGUGAAAAUCUAGUGGAAGGGCCAGAAGACCUGGUUUCUCAGUAGACACCGGAAGUGUCACCAGCUGCAUCACCAGUCACAGUUCCCAGUAAUCAGUAUCAAAGACAAAGGGACAAACACAUUUGCAUUCGGCCGGGAAGAGGAACGCUUCUCUGAUGCAGGAGCGCGGGGAGAGGCGGUGAUGUGCUGAGAAUCACAUACGCAUCAGAUGCAAGAUAAACGUGCUGCAUUAAAAUGAAUGUAUAGUUUUAAAAAAAAAAACAUCCAAACCCCACGGCGGGCCAAUGCUGAAAAAAUGAGGAGUCCACAAGGCACUUAAGGGCCAUAAAUAGUUGUGAGCACUUUAAAACCCUUUUGGAAGCAAGCUGCUGCAGCUGCUGGCAAUGGUAUAAAUGAGCAUCAGAAGCAUGACCUAUAAGGCGCUCUGGCAGUUCCAGUGUUUUAUUAGGAGGAGGACAGACUGUCAAAUACAGUUUUGAAUCGCGUUUGUCAGCCGCUGGUUUUGCUGCAGGUGGUGAUUUUUUUUUCUUCACUCCUUGUUAAAUAAUAGAAAUGGGAUGGGGAGACACACCCGCACAUGUAUCACUCGGGCUGUUUGCUAGAGGAGAGUUAUCGUGCCCAAGUAGGUGUCAGCAGAGCAAAGUUGUGAGCUGUUAAAGGCAUGUUUCAGGCUUUACGUUCAGAGGUAUUCCAUAUAGUGAGGUUCCACUGGGCGCCCUAAUUAAUAUAAAAGAACAAAGUAAACAGAAUCCCUGAGACAAACCUUUCCGCCGUGACCCCAGGCAACAGCAAACCUACCGGGACCGGCCGCUCAACUCUGUCCUGCCUCCACCAAGCUCAAUUUAAAGAGGAGCAAAGUGGCCUGCCGAGCUUUAAUUUCCUAGCUCUUUAAGCUCUGCUUGGAGACGCCAUGUGAAACGCCUGGACCAGCAUCACGUGACCUGGCUCCGGCAUUGAGGAUUUUCUGCUAGGAAAGCAGCCUCUGCCAAGUUGGAGAUGCAGAGAGUCUCUGAUUUCGGGAGGUCAAACUCCUAACCACAAGUCACUUAACGGGGAUGAAAAAUGGAAUUUUGGUGCUCUGUUCCUAAUUAACGUUUUGUUCCAAGAGACGCAGUCCCAUCCCUUCAAAAUGAAAUGAAUCUUUUAAACAGAUUGCUUUAAAAGCUUUGGAAGAUGUUUAAAAUCUCCUCUAACUCUUACUAAUGAUUUGUAUCUUCUGAUACGGAUGGUAGUGCUUAGGAGGGAAAGUUUAUUAUAAAGCUGCAAAACGGGGGCAGGAGCAGAACCCCCCACUCCGAUAGACCUGUGCCCCUCCCCAAACAAUGCUGCUAUUAAUGUACUCAUGUACAUAGAUGACCAUCCCUUCAUUUUUUUAAAUAGUCACACUAGAAAAAUGCUUUUGUUGGGUCCCCCCCCCUGCAAAAAUAUCUAAGCACUAAUUGAUAGUUCCGCUGCCUGAGAAGUACCCGGGUGUCGUCUUUGUAAACUUAGGUGACACACUUCUGACCGCCUAUGCAUUGGGAAGAGGUUUUAUGGUUUCUUUAAUGCACUAACUUACAGGCAAACUGCGCUGGUGCGUCAGGAGAAGUGUGUGUGUUCAUUCCCUAGUGCUGGAGUUCGUCACAAAAGCUCUGAGCAGUUUUGCACUUUGAGUAUCUGACCACAGUUGUGUUCUCCAGGGGGAAAGUUGUCCGUUUCAUUGUUCAAUGUUUGUUUGCUUGUUAAAAACGAGACUGUCCACGUAGAUAUGGAAAUGACUGGGCUGGCAAAUGUCAGAUCUUCUAGGUUGGACAUUUUUGUCCAGUUCUAAAACUGUUCGUGAGACACUACGAGAAGCAUUCCAAGUGAUGCUUCAGUGGAGGCAUUACGAGUGCUGCCAAAGACUCCGUGCAUGGAUGGAUGUGUGGGUUGGAGGGCAUGGUACCCCAUCCAAAAUCUGCUAGCAUGGAUCAGUAAUCUUGGCCUUCAACAACUCUGUUCUCUUUCCGAUGGUUCAGUUGGAAUGAGCUGUCAGCAACAAAUCAGAAUUUGGUUUCCCGUCCCAAGGCAAAGCCGUUCUAAGUGCAACACAAUUUAUCUCUGCUCCAGACUUAAUUGCAGGGAAAAUGAGCAAGCGACGGUGAAGAGGCAAUGGGACUUAGUUUUCACCUCCCAAAAAUGCCGAUUAAAGGAGGUGAGGGGAAUUCCUUGUCUCAAGCAGUGACCAGUUCUACCACAUUUAUUUCAACUUUGCCAUUCUCUCUAAAUCGUUUCUUGCCUAGCUUCAGAAUUCCCCUUAAGACAUUACCUGGCUUUUUCUAGUUGGUUCCAAUGUUAGAACUUGCCAGAAGAUUCUGCAAUAGAGAAACAACCUCAUUUUCCAUGUAUCCCACCCAUGGGCUGGGCCCAUAUACUUCGACAUGCACCUGAUGAAAGAAGAAGAUCCAAUUACCCUCAAUGUCAGGAACCAGUUUCUACAUGCCCGUGGGGCACCAGAUAACGCCUUUGCGACGGGCUGUAAAUUCUGUGUUUGGGCGGCAAAGGGAACGGUUUCGUAACACACCCUUUAAGUGAACAUCUAAUCAAUGAGCUCAAGGUGGGAAGGACGCUUCCUAUUGCAAACUCUGAGCUGCUUCCAUGGGGUUUGUUGGUUCACAGGAACGAUUCUGUGGAUGUCUGUAUUGGUGUGUACAGGGGGUGAAGUCCCUCCCCCCGGAAUAUGAAACUAAAGGAUUGGCUCUGUUUCUGCCCCCCAUCUGUUUCAUAGGGAGGUUGCUGUUGUGGCUUGUUUUUUCGCCGACCCCUCCCAUUCAUGGCCUUGAAUGUUGGGUUCCAACAUGGUUGUGAAGAGUCACGUUUGCUGGCGUGACGCGGAUUGCAUCUGUAGUCCACGUA